AUGACGGACGGUCGCGGUAGUGCGCAAGCCACAGAAAACCUGUCUGGAAUUUCCGUGAAAGAAGCCACGCUCGAUCAAAGUAACGCCUCUACGGAAUUGGACGACUUUGGUCUGCCCAGCAGGCCGUCAAGUAAAGUGCGGCCGUCACACGCGGACAGCAGUGACGAUGACGAGGACGAUGCAGCCUUUCAUGAUGCCAACGACACCGCGGAGGCGAAAGAUCCGGCGGACUCAAAUGCUCGAGACCACUCGAAGACCAUUGCGCCUCCGGUGAAUGCUCUAGAUCAGGUGGAUGGAUCAGCAGACUCGAAGCCGACCACCCAAAGUCCAGCAAGUGCACCUACAGAAGACCGGCUCGAAGUCUCCCAAAAGCAACACAGGCAAGAGGAGGAUGACAGAUCGGGUCACAGCAGCCUCGAUGGAAGAAAUGGAAAAUUAGAUGGGCACGACGAUGCUACAGAGAAAGGCGCGGCGGAAACGUCCAUGAAUGGCAGACCUAGAACACCAGUUCCUGAGGAGCAGUCUGCGAGUCCGCGGACCCCGGAUCGAAGCACUCCCUCGCCAAUCGCGUCGCGGGCGUUCCCUAGCAUCAAGAAGGAAAAGCGCAAGAGUGCUGCAGCUGUGUCAGAAUGGUCCCACCAGCGGCUAGCAGCCCGAAAGGAUGAGUCCGACGAGGAAGAGGAAGUCGAGUGGCAAGCUAUGCCUGCACUGGGCGAGAUGGACUACUACGACGAUCGCGGACGACUCGUGGCAAAAGGUACCCGAGACGAGAUGCCGGACAAGCCAGGCUACCAAGCCACUGGCUUUUCUUCGAAGGGCUAUACCAAGGUGCUGCUAGAUGAAGACGCUCAAUCAGCAACCAGCAUGGACGACGAUACAAAUUAUCUUUUCAAGAAGGACGAGAAAUACACGAACAUUCCAGACCCAUACGGCGACGAGGACGAUGACGACGAAGACCUGGCCAGGGAUUCCAAAGCUCAACUGCAGAAUACGAAGGACCUCCUCAGCGAGGGUCAGCGAAUCGCAUACGUUAGUGUGGCUCGACUCACGAUAAUCAAGAUGAUCAAGGCGCUAGAGGAGGUAGAGAAGACCAAAGGUGUACGAAAGGACUUGAUCCGGGCUCUCGAAAACAUGGAAUUUUGGGGACAGCAAAUGAUGGUCAGGCUUUACAGCCACAUGGAUAUUGAUUCGGCUGAGCAGAUCAUGAUCGAGCAGCUGGCUGAGCAUGGUGUCAGCCCUGCUGAUCUCGUGCCGACUCUCAUGCAAAACGCUCGAAUCAAGAAUCCGAACGCCGACUCAAAGCCGGAGAGCGAUCCGUCAACGGAGACAACAGCGGGAGCCACAGACUCCGGUGGAUUUCCCAAGGGCAGUCUGGAUGUAGAAACGGAUCUCAAGGAAGUCAAGGAGGGUGAGGAAGUCCCAGAGGUGCAAGACAGCCUUCCACGAACCGAGAGCAUAGAGCUGGAUCUGCGGUGGACGGUACUCUGUGAUUUAUUCCUUGUACUCAUAUCCGAUGGCAACUAUGACUCGAGAUCGAGACGCCUGCUCGAAAGAGUGGCAACCUCGAUGCAAGUGACCUGGCAGCAGAUCUGCCGGUUCGAGAAAAGAAUUGUUGAAGCCCUCGAAAUGCAGGAAGCCGAGCUUCAGGAAGACCACGAUGAGAGCGACAACCUCGAGGCUCGACGCAAAGCCGCCUUGAAGCGUAAGUACAUCACGAUGGGUCUGGUCACUGUGGGCGGAGCAGCAGUGAUCGGCCUUUCAGCUGGUCUUCUAGCACCGCUGAUUGGUGCCGGUCUCGCUGCCGGAUUUACGACUAUUGGAGUCGGUGGAACGAGCGCGUUCUUGACAGGUGUUGGAGGUGCUGCCAUUGUAACAUCCAUUGGUGUCACCACAGGUGGCACUAUCGCCUUACGAGCUUCGGACCGCAGGAUGGGUCACGUCAAGACCUUCGAGUAUCGGCCCUUGCACAACAACAAACGACUCAACUUGAUCUUGACAGUCUCAGGUUGGAUGACGGGCAAAGUCGAUGAUGUUCGACUGCCCUUCAGUACUGUCGACCCCGUGAUGGGUGACAUCUAUUCCCUGCUCUGGGAGCCGGACAUGCUGCGGUCUACUGGUGACACUAUCAACAUUUUGGCUACAGAAGCUCUGACGCAAACGAUCCAGCAAGUUUUGGGAAUGACAUUGCUUGUUGGUUUAAUGUCUGCCAUUCAGUUGCCAAUUGUCUUGACUAAGUUGGCAUAUCUGAUAGACAAUCCUUGGAGUGUGUCUUUGGAUAGAGCUACAGCAGCUGGCCUCAUUCUUGCCGACUCACUCAUUCAGCGCCACCUUGGCACUCGGCCCAUCACGCUUGUCGGAUUCUCUCUUGGCGCAAGGGUGAUAUUCUCUUGCUUGAAAGAGCUGUGUGAACGUGGCGCAUACGGCAUUGUUCAGAAUGUGUAUUUGUUUGGUGCUCCGAUCACAGCUAAGCGGGACGAGUAUCUGAAAGCUCGGUCAGUAAUCGCUGGCAGAUUCGUCAACGGAUACGCCAGCAAUGACUGGAUUCUUGGCUACCUCUUCAGAGCCACUGCCGGAGGGCUUAGCAGAGUCGCCGGUCUGGCCACUGUAGAUGACAUUCCAGGACUGGAGAACAAAGAUGUCAGCGCUUUUGUAAAUGGCCAUAUGGCCUACCGCGCUGCGAUGCCAAGACUGCUUCGCGAGGUAGGCUGGGAAAUUGAGAGUGACGAAUUCAUCGAGAUAGAAGAUCCCGACCCGGAAAACCAUGAAGCUCGUCAGAGAGAACUAAUCAAAGAAAUCGACGAUGCCAGGAAGAAAGCCGAGGCCGAGGAAUCCGCUGGAAAGAAACGCUUCGGCUUCUUCAGCAGAAAGGCAAAACCACAGAAGGCUUGGGAAAAUUACGACGCAUCCGACUCUAAACGAUCUAGUACUGACGGCAAGAAGGAAGGAGACGAAUUGAAUGUGCUGUUCGACAUCGAUGCCAUCCGUAAAGAGCUGGCGAGUGAGUAUGUGGAAGUGCGUGAGCUCGACAGCACAAUGCCUACAAUGCAGAUUGUCACCACAGGCAAGGACGGCGAGAAGCAGACCGAGUACUUGCGCCUUCCGUCCGACAUCACGCUCUCGCCGGAGGAAAUGGCUCGCAUUAAGCUUCCUCCCAAGCCCGAGGAUGACGGUCACGGCGCUAUUCCUACUCCACGCCUACCGCAGCUCACAAGGUCGUUGCAGCCAUCACCUCGGCAGUCGCCUGGCCAGUCACCACAUCCUUCCCCACGAGCGUCAUUUCAAACCGGCCCAACACGAGGCAUGUCGCCGAAGCCUGAUGAUGACUCUUGGAUACAGCCACGGGAGCUCGUCAGCACACUUCCGCCACUCAAUCUGACACCUUCAAUUUCUCAGCGACCGUCAUUUGAGCCGGUUCCGGCCUACCGGCCCGCUCUGAAAUCCCAUGCUACUGAGCCGGCCCCAUCGUCGAAGCCUUCCAGUGGUCCCGGGAGCGCUCUUGCUUCUCCGGUGGAUGGAUACAACCUCGAGCACAAUGCUUGGGCUGACGACAGUGUAAAGAUGACUUUCGAAUGA